GAUGGCGGGAUGUGAAGGUUUCACUCUCCAUGUUUCUCCUUCUCACUAAACCUAUUAGUCUGAGCUUAAAGCCAACUAACAUUUCGGCUCAUUCUGUCUUUAAUAGCGUUAGCUGAAGCUCAGCUGUUUGGUUCCGGAGACUUAGUGACUUAAAUUCACUGCUAACUCUGUCCGGACAGGUUUGCUAACGUUAGCUAGGAAGCAGCGUUGUGAUCUGACAGAUGCCGGUCCGGGAAGUGAGAUGGAGAGCUCACUGGUGAAAGACAACCCGCUGUUUUUACCCCUCAACAAGGAGAAAACUGUCUAUGACGGAUUUAUCACUGUUCAGGACAGAGACUUCAGAAUGAGAAUAGUGCUACCACCAGAUCGUCAGCUCAGGAGGGCCAAGCUGCACUGCUGUUGGCAGUUAAGACACCUGUUGCGUGGAUAUGAGCACAUAGUGAAGCAGAGGCUGCAGCAGUCGGCUGAUCUUGUCAGUUUCAUUCUGGAGCUAAAGACUGUCUUGGAAGUGGGUCUGAAGAGCCGCCCUGAGUGCCGCUCCAUUCCACCUCCGCAGUAUUACUCUCAGCUCAUCUCUGAGAUGGAGACCCUUGGGUGGGACAAGCUACUUUUCAUAGACACAGAGUUCCGAACGUUGAGGCUGAAAACUGAGGACUCCUCUGCAAGGCAGCACAUUCUAACUAUUAAACUCAAGUCUAAGCACCCUGUGGAGGCUCCUGAAUGCUCAGCUGACCUGCCACUCCCUUUGGCUUUAACAUGGACUGCUCAGAGUACUCUGAAGCAGCUCCACAGCCAGUUUCUGCUGGUUCUGGAGUCUCUGACAGAGUUCUGGGAUGUUCUGGAUGAGAUUGACAACAAGACUUGGAUUCUGGAGCCAGAAAAGCCCUGCCAGUCCGACACCAUGAGGCGAAUUGCCAUCGGAAACAACAUAUCCAUCAAAGUGGAGGUGGAUCCCAGACACCCAAAGAUGCUGCCAGAGUGCUGCCUGCUGGGAGCAGAGCAUGUCGUGACUCCGCUGAGGAAUAAGCUGAAUGCCAACAUGCACUUGUGGAACCCGGACUCCAGCGUCUUGCACAACCUCCGGGAUGUUUUGGAGAUCGAAUUCCCGUCACCUGCCACCCACGAAAAAUCUGAUUUGAGUGUUGAGUGUGGCAUCUGUUACUCCUAUCGUCUUGAAGCUGCCAUCCCUGAUCAGGUGUGUAAUGACCCUCGCUGUGGCCAGCCCUUCCACCAGGCCUGUCUCUAUGAGUGGCUGCGAGCGCUCCCCACCAGCAGACAGAGCUUCAGCAUUGUUUUUGGAGAGUGUCCUUACUGCAGCAAGCCUAUUACUGUGAAAAUGGCAGCCCAGAAGUCCUGA